CCUGCCAAGAAACCUUAUCUUUUAGUGUAUCUGCCAAUUACUUGGUUCUCUUUCAACUCCUUUCUACUCUGUUGAAUCUCUCAAAUGGCUUCCAAUCUUCUCAGAAUUCAUACAAAAACCAUCAGAACACCAAACCCAGCAACCCCAUUUUCACUCACCAAAACCCUCUCCUCCCCCUCUCUUCAAUUUCCCACACACCACCACUCCCAACUCUCAUUCCCUUCAACUCUCCUCAACAAAUCCAAAACUCCCUCUCUAUCCCCACUACUCUGCUCCCUCUCCUCCCCCACCCCACCAAACUCAAAAGAAGCAGCCAUCCAACAAGCCAAAACAUGUCUCUCAACCACCUUAGAGAAGCCCCUCAACAACCUCAGACUCACCAGCAAGCUCAAGAAGCUCAAACAGCCCCGAUUCCGUAUCGAAAUCCCGGUCGCCGACGACUCCCCCGAGUCCCUAUCCCAACUCGCCCUCCAAUUCUUCCGAGACCUCCCCAUCAAAAGAAAAGGCUCCCCAGUCAACACCGUAAUCCUAUGGCCCGAUAUCACCUCCACAGAGUCGGCACUUAAGGCCUUCAACUCCUCCCCCUCAAGCACAGUUGAGCAUUUAGACAUGCCCUCAGUCGCCAACGGUAAUACCAGAAUUUCAAACAACGCUGACGUGGCGGUGUUUUUGGCGCCAGAACCAUCCCAAGUGGCGGUUAUGAAAACCGUUGUGGAUUUGUUGUACCCGAGGCCGGUGGUUAUUUUCAACCCCAAGUGGGGGUUUGAGGAAGAGGCCGAGUUUGGUGAGCUGAGUGGAUUUGUGGGUUCGUUUGAGGUCAUUUUUUCGUUUAUGGGUUUGGAAGUGAAAGGGCUUUUGAGUAAAAGAAAUGGGGUGGUUUUCAAGUGUGUGAGAAAUGGGGUUGUGAGCGGUGAGAAGUGGGCGGUUCUUGUUGAAGAAGAACAAGGGGAAUUGAAGGUGGUUUCGACGUUUAAGUCGAGGCCUUCGAUUGCUGAAGUUGAGUAUGUGUUGUAUAAUUUGAUGGCCAUGAAUUCGCCUGUAACGAAAUCCGUGAAGUUCUUUAAGGAUUUGGUGUCAAAUGUAACCGGAAAGAAGUAAGUGUGAGUUUAAUGGCAGUCUUUUUCUUUGAAUGCACACCAAGUUUAUCAUGAAA